UAAUGCAUGAAUGCUCUCUACAAAAAUGUGCUUUGCUGAAACAUCGAACUACUUAUGAACUGUUAAUGUAUUAGAGUUUUGAGUAAAUGACAUUUUAUAUUGUGUUCUCAGUACAGGAAAAUAUUGAAAUCUUUGUGUGAUUAGCCACUAAAUCUGUAGAAUUUGUUUUGAUAAGAGUAUAUACAGAAAAGCCAUGGAAUAAUCUUCAUAGGUCACCCUUUCCCAAAUUAAUCGGAUGUGCUUAUCCAGAGCCUAGUACAGAAUUUGCUAUUUACUGAAGUGUCCAUCAGAAAAACAUAUCCUUUAAUAAUCAUUUCCCAAACAAACAAUGUUACCUAAUAACAACUAACAAUUAUAAGAGGCACUUCCUCUUCAGUAUAGGUAUGUGUGUGUGCGCUCAUGCAUGCUGCCACUUUGCACUGGGUCCUGCUCAGCCCUGACCGCCGCCUACAUGAGGACAUGGUAGUAUCAAUCUAGGAAGGACCGUUUAGAUGAUCGUCGUUCUGACCUGUUGUGCAUUUCUGCUGAACAAUGUUUGACCAGGCGGUGUGGGUUGCUGCUGUUACGGUGCUAGGAGUGCUGGAGCAAGCGUACUUUUCCCUGAAGGUGAUCUACGCUAGACGGAAAUACUCCAUCGCCCCUCCAGCUACCAUGGGACACCCCGAUUUUGAGAGAAUCUUCAGAGCGCAAGCAAAUUGUUCGGAAUAUUUCCCCAUAUUCGUGAUUACACUUUGGGUGGCUGGAAUUUUCUUCAGCCAAGCUCUAUCUGCUUUUCUUGGGUUCCUGUACAUUUAUGGACGAUAUCAGUACUUCCAUGGAUAUGCAGAGUCUGCACUGGGAAGACUGGCCCCUCUGUACUUCACUGCGAAAGUGCAGUGGGGGCUGAUUGCCUUGUCGGCCCUCGGGGUGCUCUGCUGUAUGAGUCGGCUGCAUUUGGGUGUCGAUCUGCUCGGCUCUGUGUGCGAAGUGCUCGGCCUGAAUCAACUCGAAUGAAUGCAGGCAUUGGAAAACAUUUCACCUUCACUUUUUAAUAAGGAGUUUAAUAAAGACUUUUAAUAUGCAUAGGAGCUUUUGAUUUGUCUUUUUUUUAUCUUAUUGUUUCCACAUCAUUUUGCCAGUUUAAGUAAUGAAUAAAUCACUUGAGUGACAUGAGCCUGACAUUACAUGUAUAUUUUCUUUUUCUUUCUUGUUUCUUCUUGCUGAUUCUUCAUUGUUUUUUUC